GAGGGGGUGUGGCAGGCGGUCGCCUUCGCCUCGCUCCUGUGUCCGUCGGCGGUCGGCGGUCGGCGGUCGGCGCGCCGGCCCGACACGUCUAGAGUGGACAUUCUGUUUGUCAAGCGCGCGAGUCGCGAGAGCUGUGAGCUGCGAAACAUAAAACAAUAAUGUAUAUGUUAAAUAUAAUCGGUCCUCAAAUUGUAACUGAGUUUCUACGCAUAUUUGACCCCCCAUAUACGUUGAGAGGCAUAUUUAUAUUACAAAUAAUGUAACUAGUGUUAAUAAUUAGGUAAUAACUAGAUGUAAUAGACUUAUCUACUUACGUUGAAAUGCACUUACAAUAAAGAUAUUUAACUCCACAUAGUACAUAUCUAUCAACCUGAUACAGGUGGUCGCCCAUUGGUCGAAAUAACAACUGUCCAUGGGAUUCCCUAACUAGCCUCCGAACGUUCAGGAGUAGAGCGCUCAUAUGAUUAUUUACCACACAAAAUAAUUAAGUUGUAUGUUUAACUUUACUAGAUUCCUGUGAAGGCAAAGAAAUUGAAGAUACAUUGGUAGUGGGGGCGGAAUUCGUGCAACGUCGCAGAAGGCGUUCAGUCGCAGCCGGUCUCUUGGAGUGUCGGCGGGACUCGGCGGGUUUCGACAGGUCUCGGCGGGUCACGGCAGGUCUCGGCAGGUCAUGCGAGGCAUGUGACGCAACGCCGGCAUGCCGGGCGGCCGCCGGGGGCUCGUAGCCCCCCAAAACACAUUCCUGGAAAACAUCAUUCGUCGGUCCUCAUCACAACCAGACAGCAGCUUCCUGCUGGCCAACGCGCAAAUCGUCGACUACCCUAUCGUGUACUGCAACGAAACCUUCUGCAAGAUGAGUGGCUACAACCGCGCCGAGGUCAUGCAGAAAUCGUGCAGGUGCAGCUGGAUGUAUGGCGAGCUGACGGAGAAGGAGGCCGUACAGCGCGUGGACCGCGCGCUGGACCAUCACCUGGCCGACCAGUUCGAAAUCCUGCUCUACAAGAAAAAUCGGCUGUCGAAGUUCGCGAAGUUGGCGCGCAGCGUGACGCGGUCGCGCUCCGUGCUGGUGUCGGCGCUGCCGGCGCUCAAGGAGCCGGCGCGGCAAAGCCAGCUCGCGCAUGUGCUGUCGCUGUCGGGCGACGUGCUGCCGCAGUACCGGCAGGAGGCGCCGAAGACGCCGCCGCACAUCCUGCUGCACUACUGCGCGUUCAAGGCCAUCUGGGACUGGAUCAUCCUCUGCCUGACAUUCUACACCGCCAUCAUGGUGCCGUACAACGUCGCAUUCAAAAAUAAGACGAGCGAAGACGUGUCGCUGCUCGUCAUCGACUCUAUCGUGGACGUCGUCUUCUUCAUCGACAUCGUACUCAACUUCCACACGACCUUCGUCGGCCCCGGCGGCGAGGUGGUCAGCGACCCUAAGGUCAUCCGUAAAAACUAUUUCAAGUCCUGGUUCCUCAUCGACCUGCUCUCAUGCCUGCCCUACGACGUCUUCAAUGCCUUCGACCACGACGAAGAUGGCAUCGGCAGCCUGUUCAUACGGCAUCACUUCAAUUAG